CGAUAUAUAUAUAUAUCACCAUUCCCCCACCACUUCCCGCUACCGCCGUCAUCACCACCCUCACCACCAUCAUAUGAAUUAAAAAAAAGAAAAAGAGUAGAAUAUGAUGUUGUUAGAGCAGCCACGACUAUCAAACUCACUCCGUGAACCAUUCGACGCCGAUCAAGCUUACCUUCACCGUAAAUCUAUUCUUCAAGCUCACCUUAAUCGUCACAGGUCAGAGAAAUCACAUGAUGAGUUCGAAGUUGCUCGGAAAAUUGUUUAUCGAUGGGACGAAGCGUCUACUGAAGUUCGACAAGCAUACAAACAAUUUGUUGGGGCUGUGGUCGAGUUGAUUGAUGGAGUGGAAAUAAAUGAGGAGUUUAAAGAAGUGGCAUUGGCAGUACAUAGGCUGUUUGGUUCUCAUGGCGAGGAGGAAGAAGUAAAUAGAAGGUUCAUCGAGAAGAAAUCUGAAUUGCAAAAACUACUUGGUCAUGUGGUUUCGGAUGCAAAGCUACAGAAAGUUGUUAAUGCCAUUCAAAGUCUUUCCAAUUUGCAGCCAGACAACCAUGAGAUACAAGUAAACGGGAACGAUGAUGGUCAAGAAUUUGGUGCGGAUCUGGUCUUUCAUAACCCUUCCCGGUUCUUGGUUGAUGCUUCUUUUGAGGGAGAUCUGUGUGGGGAGUUUAAAAAUGUAACUUCUACUUCACUUCAUGGAGAGUGGUACGAUCACAGUGAGAGCACAAAUCGCCAUUCUGCUGUUGGAACAUUUGAUUUAGGAUGGUUAAGCGAUGAAUGCAGCAGAAUAGUAAAUCGUAGUACUUCUCAGCUUCCUCAAGAUGAACUAGCAAUGGCAAUUUGCCGGGUACUUGAUUCAGACAAGGCCGGGGAUGAGAUAGCUGGUGAUUUAUUGGAUCUAGUAGGUGACGGUGCAUUUGAAACGGUCCAAAACCUUAUUGCGCAUAGGAAGGAUCUUGUCGAUGCCAUUCACCAUGGAAUGUUGAACUUAAAAUCUGAAAAGGUGGUUUCUAGUUCUCAACAACGCAUGCCUAGCUAUGGUACUCAGGUUACUGUUCAAACAGAAUCGGAAAAACAGUUUGAUAAAUUAAGACGCAAAGAGGAAAAGAAACAUAAACGCGGGACAGAUUAUGGGUUUGACAGCGAUUUGUCUGUAAUGAGUUUUCAUUCUUUGCUUCAAGCAAGUGCAAAGAAAAGCCCGUUUGAUGAUCUGAUUGGACAUGGUGAAGGGUCCAACACAGCAGCUACUGCACUUCCUGAGGGAACUACUCGGAAACAUCAUAAGGGAUAUGAAGAAGUUUCCAUUCCACCUACACAGACUGCACCCAUGAGGCCUGGAGAAAAGCUGAUUGAAAUAAAGGAGUUGGAUGAAUUUGCACAAGCUGCUUUUCAAGGCUACAAGACACUCAACCGUAUUCAGAGCAGAAUAUUUCAAACUACUUACCAUACUAAUGAGAACAUUCUGGUCUGCGCUCCAACUGGAGCCGGUAAAACAAACAUAGCUAUGAUUGCUGUUCUGCAUGAGAUAGGACAGCACUUCAAAGAUGGUUACUUGCAUAAAGAUGAGUUUAAGAUAGUUUAUGUUGCUCCAAUGAAGGCUUUAGCAUCUGAAGUUACCAAAGCAUUUAGCCAUCGAUUAGCUCCGUUGAACAUGAUUGUAAGAGAACUUACUGGCGACAUGCAGCUUUCAAAGAAUGAACUUGAAGAAACUCAGAUGAUUGUGACAACACCUGAGAAAUGGGAUGUAAUUACCCGUAAAAGUAGUGACAUGUCUCUCUCGAUGCUGGUAAAGCUCCUAAUCAUUGAUGAAGUGCAUCUGCUGAAUGAUGAUAGAGGGCCUGUUAUAGAAGCAUUAGUGGCUCGUACUCUUCGUCAGGUGGAGUCAACGCAGUCCAUGAUCCGUAUUGUGGGCCUUUCAGCUACUCUUCCCAAUUAUUUGGAGGUGGCACAAUUCUUGAGGGUUAAUCCGGAGGCAGGUCUUUUCUUCUUUGAUUCUAGCUACCGUCCUGUGCCUCUCGCACAGCAAUAUAUUGGAAUUUCGGAACCGAACUAUCUAGCAAGGAAUGAUCUGUUGAAUGAAAUUUGCUACAAAAAAGUUGUUGAAUCCUUGAAGCAAGGGCACCAGGUGAUGGUGUUUGUUCAUUCUCGUAAAGACACUGGAAAGACAGCGGAUAAGCUGAUUGACCUUGCUCGGAAAUAUGAUGAACUAGAUCUCUUUGCAAAUGAUGAACAUCCUCAGUUUCAGCUGUUCAAGAUGGAAGUUUCAAAGUCCAGAAACAAACAGCUUGCCCAGCUCUUUGAAUUAGGAGCUGGCAUUCAUCACGCAGGGAUGUUGCGUGCUGAUAGAGGUUUGACUGAGCGGCUUUUCUCUGAUGGAUUGUUGAAAGUCCUUGUUUGUACGGCAACUUUGGCAUGGGGAGUAAAUCUACCUGCACACACUGUUGUGAUCAAGGGAACUCAAAUAUAUGACGCAAAGGCUGGUGGAUGGCGAGAUCUGGGUAUGCUGGAUGUUAUGCAGAUAUUCGGACGUGCUGGAAGACCUCAGUUUGAUAAAAGUGGCGAAGGCAUUAUAAUUACGUCUCAUGAUAAAUUAUCCCACUAUCUGCGACUUUUGACAAGUCAACUUCCCAUAGAAAGCCAGUUUCUCAGCUCCUUGAAAGAUAACUUAAAUGCAGAGGUGACAUUGGGAACUGUAACAAAUGUGAAGGAAGCAUGUGCAUGGCUUGGAUACACUUACCUUUUCAUAAGGAUGAAAAUGAAUCCUUUGGCAUAUGGUAUUGGGUGGGAUGAGGUUGUUGCAGAUCCUUCAUUGGGUUUUAAGCAAAGAUCUUUUGUUACUGAUGCUGCACGUGCACUUGACAAAGCUAAAAUGAUGCGGUUUGAUGAAAAAAGUGGGAAUUUCUAUUGUACUGAACUUGGUCGCAUUGCUAGUCACUUCUACAUCCAUUAUUCUAGUGUUGAGACAUACAAUGAGAUGCUUAGGCGCCAUAUGAGUGAUAGCGAGAUAAUUGACAUGGUGGCUCAUUCUUCGGAGUUUGAAAAUAUCGUUGUUCGGGAGGAGGAGCAAAAUGAAUUAGAAAAUUUGGCACGCACGGUCUGUCCAUUAGAAGUUAAGGGCGGUCCCACUAAUAAAUAUGGAAAAGUAUCUAUUUUAAUCCAGUUAUAUAUAUCUCGUGGAUCGAUAGAUGCAUUUUCUUUAAUUUCUGAUGCAGCAUAUAUAAGUGCGAGCUUGGCGCGUAUAAUGAGGGCUCUUUUCGAAAUUUGUUUGCGUAGAGGAUGGUGUGAGAUGACGUCCUUCAUGUUAGAGUAUUGCAAGGCUGUUGACCGUCAAAUAUGGCCCCAUCAGCAUCCUUUCAGACAAUUUGACAGAGACAUCUCACCAGAGAUACUUCGGAAGUUAGAAGAACAAGAAAUUGACCUGGACCAUCUCCAAGAGAUGCAGGAGAAGGAAAUAGGAGCUAUGAUCCGUUACGCACCUGGUGGAAGGGUAGUGAAGCAGUAUUUAGGCUUUUUCCCAUCCAUUUUGUUGACUGCUACAGUAAGUCCAAUCACCAGAACCGUGUUAAAGAUAGAUCUGGUCUUAUCUCCAGAUUUUGUGUGGAAAGAUCGUUGGCAUGGUGCCGCACAACGCUGGUGGAUUCUUGUUGAGGAUUCAGAGAAUGAUCAUAUCUACCACUCAGAGCUUUUCACAUUGACCAAGCGAGCGGCAAAAGGAGAGCCACGGAAGCUUUCUUUCACUGUGCCCAUAUUUGAACCACAUCCUCCCCAAUACUACAUUCGUGCUGUAUCUGAUUCAUGGUUGCAGGCUGAGGCUUUUUAUACAGUUUCCUUUAAGAACCUUGCCCUGCCAGAGAGCCAUACAACUCAUACCGAACUUCUAGAUCUGAAGCCGCUUCCCGUGACUGCACUUGGCAACAAGGUUUAUGAAGCUUUGUACGGAUUUUCGCACUUCAAUCCUAUUCAAACUCAGGCUUUUCAUGUUUUAUAUCACAAACAGAACAACAUCCUCUUAGGAGCUCCUACUGGAAGUGGUAAAACUAUAUCUGCAGAGCUCGCUAUGCUUCAUCUAUUCAAUACAGCUCCUGAUAUGAAGGUUAUCUACAUAGCACCAUUGAAGGCCAUUGUUCGAGAAAGAAUGAAUGAUUGGAAGAAUGGACUUGUCUCUAAACUUGGAAAGAAGAUGGUUGAAAUGACUGGUGAUUACACACCAGAUAUGAUGGCCCUCAUGUCAGCAGAUAUCAUUAUAUCAACUCCUGAAAAGUGGGAUGGUAUUAGUCGUAAUUGGCACAGCCGAAGUUAUGUUACGAAGGUUGGUCUUAUGAUUUUGGACGAGAUUCACCUACUUGGAGCGGAUCGAGGACCUAUACUUGAGGUCAUCGUCUCAAGGAUGAGAUACAUAUCAUCACAAACGGAGCGGCCUGUUCGGUUUGUUGGAUUGUCAACAGCACUAGCAAAUGCACAGAAUCUAGCUGACUGGUUGGGUGUCGAGGAGAUUGGUUUGUUUAAUUUCAAGCCAAGUGUAAGGCCUGUGCCUCUUGAAGUUCAUAUACAGGGAUAUCCAGGGAAGUUCUACUGUCCAAGAAUGAAUAGCAUGAAUAAGCCUACUUAUGCUGCCAUAUGUACACAUUCACCUACAAAGCCUGUUCUAAUAUUUGUUUCAUCUCGCCGGCAAACAAGGUUGACUGCAUUAGACCUCAUUCAGUUUGCAGCUUCAGAUGAACAUCCAGUACAGUUUUUGGCCAUGCAAGAGGAAGCAUUGCAAAUGGUUGUUUCUCAGAUCACUGAUCAGAAUCUCAGGCACACUCUACAAUUUGGUAUUGGGUUACAUCAUGCAGGAUUGAAUGACAAAGAUAGAUCUCUCGUGGAGGAACUGUUUGCAAACAACAAGAUUCAGGUACUGGUUUGCACAAGUACGUUAGCUUGGGGGGUAAACCUUCCUGCUCAUUUGGUUAUAAUAAAGGGAACAGAGUAUUAUGAUGGGAAGGCCAAGCGUUAUGUUGAUUUUCCAAUUACAGACAUCUUGCAAAUGAUGGGCCGUGCAGGUCGUCCUCAGUAUGAUCAGCAUGGGAAAGCUGUUAUUCUUGUUCAUGAUCCCAAAAAAAGCUUUUAUAAGAAGUUCCUUUAUGAACCAUUUCCAGUUGAGAGCAGUCUUCGAGACCAGCUCCAUGAUCACAUUAAUGCUGAAAUAGUUUCUGGGACAAUUUCUCAUAAGCAGGACGCAGUACAUUAUUUGACCUGGACAUAUCUUUUCCGCAGGCUGAUGGUUAAUCCAGCUUAUUAUGGGUUGGAGGAAUGUGAUCCUGAAAGUCUAAAUUCUUACUUAUCCAGCCUAGUACAGAACACAUUUGAAGAUUUAGAAGAUGGCGGAUGCAUUAAAAUGGAUGAAGAUAAUGUGGAGCCCACAAUGUUGGGCUCAAUAGCAUCACAGUACUAUUUGAAAUACAUGACAAUUUCCAUGUUCGCUUCAAAUAUAGGGCCAGAUACCUCUCUUGAAGUUUUCCUUAAUGUACUUUCUGCUGCUUCUGAAUACGAUGAACUUCCUGUUCGUCAUAAUGAGGAAAAUUACAAUGAAGGGUUGUCAGCAAAAGUUCCAUAUGCAGUGGACAAGGAUCGCUUUGAUGAUCCACAUGUUAAAACAAAUUUACUUUUUCAGGCACAUUUCUCUCAGGUAGAACUACCAAUCAGCGACUAUUACACCGACUUAAAGUCAGUGUUGGAUCAGAGUAUACGUGUAAUACAAGCAAUGAUAGACGUAUGUGCAAAUAGUGGAUGGCUCUCGAGUUCUAUUACGUGUAUGCAUCUUCUUCAGAUGGUCAUGCAGGGUAUGUGGUUUGAGAGGGAUUCUCCCCUAUGGAUGCUGCCAUGCAUGACUGAUGACCUUGUCAGUUUGUUGCAAAAAGGUGGAAUUUCGUGUGUACAACAACUGUUGGAUCUAUCAAAGACGAAUAUGCAAUCUAGGUUUGGAAAUAUCACUUCAAAACUACAGCAGGAUCUACAGCAUUUUCCCCGUAUUCAAGUCAACUUUAGAAUUCAAGGAACAAAUGUAGGCAAUGAUGAAAUCCCGAGUCUUAGCAUUCGGUUGGAGAAAUCCAACCGCAGAAAAACAGCAAGAGCUUUUACACCUCGUUUUCCCAAGUUAAAAGAUGAAGCCUGGUGGUUGGUUAUUGGAAACACUUUGACUUCUGAAUUACACGCUAUAAAAAGGAUUUCUUUCACAGAACGUUUGGUUACCCGCAUGAAGUUACCGCAAAGCACCACUAGUUUCCAGGGAAUGAAGCUACUUCUUAUCUCAGAUUGUUAUCUUGGAUUUGAUCAAGAAUACUCUAUUGAACAACUUAUGGAAUCUUGGUAAAUCAACAUCUGGUGUAAAUAUGCUUUUUCACAAGGAUGCUGUUUCAGUUACCCGUUAAUACCAUGAACUUGAAGCAGUAUAUGCAUCUAUAUAGAAACCAGCAUGAUAAUCUCAAAUUUUGCUUCUUCGACUGAGCCCUUUCAGCUAAUAACCAUCAUCAGUUUUUGAUAUCAAUGGUUCAACACUCUUUGGUAUUCUAAAUCCUUGAGUUGUAUUGCACUAUUGAUAUCAACUUAUCAUGCGAAAAAAAAUAUAAGAUAUGAUCUUAUUUAUUGUUUGAAUAAGAUGUUACUCGUGUUGCUACUGUUUUAGGAUCGUGAUCUCGUGGAGGCAAAUGAAACUGGAAAACAUGUUAUAUAAUCAAACUUGUCAUGGCUCGUUCUAUGACAUGAAUUGCCCUGCUUUCGUGUUUUCUAACCAAAUUCUCCACUUACCAUUGCAAGUAAAAGUACUUCAAAUUAAUAUAAUAUUUGUUUUUUAAUUCA